AUAUUAGCAUAGAGUAAACAUUUGAAUAAUUUCAGGGUGAAUUAAGCUCUGAUCUGAUCAAUUUGUUGAAAUGGUUUUAAAUUUGACUGCGAAACUUGUUUUUGUUUACUUGCUAACUUGAUAAAAACAGCUGUUUUACAAAACCAUGUGAUAACAGUAUGUCUUAAGUUGAAAAUGAUCAACAAUUAAGAAACAAGCAUCAAUCUUAAUUUAAGUCUAAAUUUUAAAUAUUGAACAACUCAAAGAUGAAUUCAAUCAGUCAGAUACGGCAUUUGUUGAGAUCGUCUUCUAUUCACCAAACGUCUUCAAGAACUUUGUUCAAUGUAUUGGAGGAAAGACGAUUGCUGGAAGGUUAUCUUCCACAGAAUAAAAAAUUGCAAAUGAUCGAGGCUCUCAAAAAGAAACAAACAUUUUACACUGGAUUUGAUCCAACUGGUCCCAGUCUUCAUAUUGGUCAUCUUUUAGUGAUUAUGCCACUACUUCAUGCUUUGAGGAAUGGACAUAGAAUAAUUUGCCUGAUUGGAGGUGAAACUGCUCGAAUUGGUGAUCCAACUGGAAGAUUAAAACCUCGUGAAUCUCUAGAUAGAGAAACAAUUGAAGCAAAUGCUUCGCGAAUAUCAUCAACAUUAGUCAGUAUUUUUGUAAAUCACUUGAAAUAUUUUUGGAAACCUAAAUUUUCUGAACCAAUUCACGAACCAAUAAUCCUCAACAAUUCAAAUUGGUAUUCAGAUGAUAAGUUUUCAGAUAUCAUAGCAGAAUGUGGUCCAGCCAUUAAUGUUAGGAAUCUAUUUCGCAAAAGUCGCGUUGAAGAGCACUCCGAAAAUUAUAGCUACGCUCAACUGUCUUAUGCUGUUAUGCAAGCUUAUGAUUGGUUAAAAUUAUUUGACCGACACAAUUGUUGUUUUCAGGUUGGAGGAAAUGAUCAAACUCCUAAUAUUGAAGCUGGUUUUUCACUAAUCCGAAAUCUUCGUAACCAGGAGGUUUAUGGAUUUUUUGUUCCUCUUCUGUUGGACAAGGAGGGUAAAAAAAUGGGCAAGACUGAAGGAAAAUCUUUAUUCCUUGAAAGAUUCACCAAUUCUCCUUACUCUCUUUACAAAGCUAUCUUGAAAUUACCACAUAAUCAAAUCGAAAGAUUCCUUCGAUAUUUCACAUUUUAUAAUAACCAAGAAAUUGAAAGUAUCAUACAAAAAGAUUUGAAGAAGCAAACUCUCCAUGCACACGAAAAAUUAGCUGAUAGUUUAGUACUUUUAAUUCACGGAGAAUCUGGUUUGAACCAAGCGAAAAACGCCAGCAAAGCUCUUUUGAAGGGAGAAACUGAAGCUCUUGGUAAACUGACUGAAGAUGAUUUAAUAGAAGUUUUCGGAUCUAAGUCAUUUAUAUAUCAUGAACUUGUACCAAAUGGUACAAGUUUGUUGAAUAUCAUCAUGAAAACAAAUUGUUUUGAAAAUGAAGAUCUAGCCACUGUGAUGAUCAACAAAGGUGGAGUUUUAGUCAAUGGUAGAAAGAUUUUAGACACUGAUCAUUUAAUCUGCGAUAAUGAUGUUUUCCCGAACAAUCUAACAUUUAUAAAAAUAGGUACAAAUAGAGCCUAUUUGAUUCGUUGGCUUUGAACAUGAGUUUGCACCAACUUAUUUAAAAAUGUUUAUACUGUGUACAUUCAUACUAAAUUUACUUAAAUAUUAUUGAUUUGAGUAUUUAAGGCAUUUUUGUCUAUUUAUAUCUUACAUAUUUCUCAAAGUGCCUUUGCCAAUGUAAAUUCAAUCAAGAAUUCUAGAAAGUUCCGAAAUGCUGAGUUGACUGGCGUUGAUUCGGAUUAUACUUUGUAUACUUCGGAUGUAUACAACAUAGUGAUUAUAUGAUAAUAGCGACAAUAAACAAAUUUUCAGAACAUUAA